AUGAACGUGGACGUGGACGUGGACAUGGACAUGGUCGUGGACGUGGACGUGGACGUAGACAUGGUCGUGGACGUGGACGUGGACGUGGUCGUGGACCUUGACGUGGACGUGGACGUGGACAUGGACGUGGACGUGGACGUGGACGUGGACGUUGACGUGGACAUGGACGUGGACGUGGACGUGGACGUGGACGUGGACGUGGACGUGGACGUGGAUGUGGACAUGGACGUGGAUGUGGUCGUGGUCGUAGACGUGGACGUGGACGUGGACGUGGACGUGGACGUGGAGGACGUGGAUGUGGAGGACGUGGACGUGGACGUGGAGGACGUGGACGUGGACGUGGACGUGGACGUGGUCGUGGACGUGGAGGACUUGGACGUGGACAUGGAGGUGGACGUGGACGUGGACGUGGACUUGGACGUGGACCUGGUCGUGGACGUGGACGUGGACGUGGACGUGGACGUGGACGUGGACGUGGACAUGGACGUGGACGUGGACGUGGACGUGGACGUGAACGUGGACGUGGACAUGGUCGUGGACGUGGACGUGAACGAGCUUGCCUGGUCCAUGAACGUGCCUGGUCCAGGAGCUUGCCUGGUCUAG